UUCUUAAAUGCAUCAAAAUAAAGAAAUCUCUAAAAAUUGGUUGAGAGUUGACCCUAUUGAGAAUCCAAUAAUAAAAGAUGGACCAAAACAUUAACCUGAGAAAUUUAGCGAAUAUAUAGAAUUAAAGGAUGAAAAUGAUAAAGUUAUAGGAUUUCUAGUAAAUGAAUAAUAGUAUUUUUUUGAUGAAGAUGGAGGGUAAUGAUUAUAAUUAAAAUGUUUAGAUGGAGAGAUGAGAAUGGUUGUUAUUAUGAUAAAGAGGGUUAACCAGCUGGAUGGUUUGUUUUGCAUCCCGGUGAUAUUUAUCAUGAACAUUUCUAUGAUCAAGAUGGUUUAUAUGUUCCAACCGAUAUUGAAAAUGAUAAAAACUCAGUUGAUGAUGUAGAAAGUGAUUAAUAAGAAGUGGGUGAAAAUGAUAUCAAUAAUUUUGAAACAUCCUGAAAAAUAUAUAUUGAUUUUCAUAUAUUUAGGGAGCAU